ACUCACGGUACCGACUAUGAUUGCGGUCAUAGCAGUCCUCGGGUUGACUGCUGUCGCCAAUGCACACGUUGCUGCCUGGGCUAAGGGCAUGUAUUGCCUCGGUGGACCGUCCGACAAUGACGAUCAAAACACCAAAACGGCGGUUGACCCACUAUACAUGCUAGACAGCUCAGAUUGGUGGUUUCAACACGACCGUGGUUGCGAUAAAUUUCCUCCAAAAGAGGGCGACAUUCUCGAGCUUCCUGCAAAUGGGAAGUUCACAGUUGAGCUGGCCCAUAAUCGAGCACAAACAACGCUCUCGUACAAUGGCCAGUUCACCACGGACUGGCCGGAUGGCAAGGAGCAUCCCGAAGACUGGAAAGGCCCGGGCAAUCCCCCUGACUGCAUCCAGGAUGAUGGGGCCAUGCAUACCAGCAAUCAGUCUAUGGCAGCCGGUACUGCGUUUGCGAUUAGCUAUAACACUGAUUUGGCUCAAGUCACUAUGGAGAACCUUGUUGUCUUCAGUGUUCUCGAACAUACCCCCUGGAAACGGCUGGCAACGUAUGAGGCGCCCGAUCUCCCGGCUUGCCCAACUGCUGGCUGUACCUGUGCAUGGCUUUGGGUCCCCAAGGGCUGCGGACAGCCUAAUAUGUAUAUGCAAGGAUUCCGAUGCAACGUUACAGGAGCGAGCUCUUCUAAGGCUCUUGCACCGGCAAAAGCUCCGAUAUACUGUGAAGGCGACUCAUCCAAGUGUGUCCGAGGGGCGAAGCAGAUGAUCGCAUGGAACCAAAAAUCGGGAAACAACGUCGAGCCACCCAUUGGGGUUACGCCAACGUACAGUGAAUCGUGGGGCUGGCCAAACGGUAGGACUUCUUAUAUACCCAUGGGUGAGCUGGUCGCUGAUCUGCCACGAAAUGUAUAG